AUACUAAACUUAAAGCCUUCAUUUGCUUGGAAGCAAGAUCAUAUUGGGCAUAGCCCUCUCCAUUUGGCUUUGGAGGGGAAGCACUUGCAGGAACGGCUUAGUCGUCAUGAUUUGAAUUUGGAGGGGAAGUACCAGGAAGUUGUUACGUGGUUGAUAAAACAUGACAGUGGGCUUGUCCAUGUUAAAGUAAGGGGGAUGGUUACUCCUUUGCAUUAUGCAGCUCAACUAAACAAUGAAUCCAAUUUGACAGACUUUUUGUAUGUUUGUCCAUUAUCAGUCGAAGAUUUGACUGUUAGAUCUUAAACUGCUGUCCAUGUCACCCUUAAAAACGGGAGUUUGAAAGCCUUUAAAGUCCUGUUAGAUGGCUCCAAUACUUCAACAAAGAGGAGAUCCUGAACUGGGAGGAUGAAGAAGGAAACAACGCAUUGCAGACUGCAGUUUCUGCAAAUCAACCUGAGGCGGCUUCCACUGUUGAUUGGAUGUAUGAAAGUGAAUAAAAUGAACAGCAAAGGUUUAACAGCUUUGGACAUCUUCAAUGAUCGCCAAGGUCAAGAUUUGGUAGAUGCAGCAGUUGGGGACAUUCUACUUGCAGCUGAAGCUAAAAGUGCAUCUCAACUCCAUUGUCCAUCUUUAAGAGGUUCAGAAGAAGCUUCACUAUUUCAGAACUCUUCCAGGGGCUUAUCAUUUUCUGCAAGAAUUCCGAAAAGCUUUGGUCUGGGUUACUGAAGCGUUGAUAAAGUUCCACUUGAAGUCCGAAAUGUUCUACUUGUGGUGGCCAUAUUGAUAGCCACAGUCACCUAUCAGGCUGCACUAAGCCCCCCUGGAGGAUUUUGGCAAGAGGACAGCAAUCUGCAGCCUCCAGCC